UACGUCACGAGGCCAAAGGGCAGAGUGUAAUGUGUACACCGAAGAAAAAAGAUCGUCAAUAUACACAUGGAUUUGUAAAUACACAAAAGUUUAGAUAUUUUCUGAUUCCGGUGAACUAAUGGAAGUCCUGGCGGACGACCAGGCUAUGCGAGACGCCAUAGUCCAGGACUUUGUGAUAGAUGAAGCCUUGGACAUGGACCUGGAACGCUACCUCGGGAAUGGUAAAAUGUGCCUUCCCGAGGAAGCCAUUCCCGCCAUAGCAUACCCCAACAACGGACGACCCCUCCCCUCCCAGAACCACCCCAGUGUUCCCCCACAGCAGCUCGACGAGUGCUACAAGUUCAACCACCUGGCAAAUCCCCAUGCCCCCAUCACCUCCACCCCACCACACACCCAGACACAAAGCCCAAUGAACGGACUCUAUAGUUGUACAGGGAUCAACAAUUCCAUCAACGGCAUUCAAGGUUAUGAUAACCGACUUAUGAACCCAACCCUCCCUGACAGCCCACCCGAGUCUGAGCCAUAUUCUCCUCCAGAUGGUCACCAUAGCAACCACACAAUGAAUGGUAGCAACCAUAUCAUUUGUACCACACAAGAAAGCAAAUACGGGCUGAGUACUCCAGUGACGUCAAUGCAUCAACACAGCAUGUAUCCACACCACCCUCGACCCCCAGGGAUGCCUCCAACAGGACCAAAGUCCAUGCCACCAGGGUAUAACGAACCUCCAACCCUAAACCAUCUCUCAGCAACACACCCUCCUCCCCCCCAGACCUCCUCACUACCUCUCUCCACCUCCCAGAUGAAUCCUCAGCUUUCUCUGUCACCAAACCAUCUCAGCCCCAAUGCUUGUAACAUGAGUCACAAGAAAAGGAAGUACCAAGAACAGCCUUCCCAUAGUGCACUUGUAACCAAUGCUCUCCUCAAUGGCCGAAAUGUAUUGAAUAUAAAACAAGAGCCAAAUGGUCCGAGUUAUGGGAGCUAUAACCUUGCCGUGGACUGUGAUGACGAGUUCGGAUAUGAACAGGACAGUACAAAUGGAACCCCUGGGUACUUAGACAGUACCUAUCAGGUCAUCAAGUGGUCUCCCUUUAAUCAGAGAGAUUGGGCCACACUGAAAAAUGAAAAUCUCAAAGAUUUACCACAGCCAAACUUUCGUGUAGAUGCAGACAAAGGAUUUAACUUUUCGCAGCCUGAUGAUUCUUUUGUCUGCCAGAAAAAGAACCAUUUUCAGGUGACAGUUCACAUGCAGGUGUCUGGGGACCCCCGCUAUGUCACAACUCCAGAGGGAGUUAAGAAAAUCGAUGCCUUCUAUCUCCAUUUUAAUGGAAUCAAGAUGGAAUCUCCCACCCAGACUAUAAAGGUGGAACAGUCGCAGUCUGACCGCAGCAAGAAACCCUUCAACCCAGUCAGGGUGGACCUAAUACCAGAACAGACUAACAAAGUAACAGUAGGAAGGCUUCAUUUUAGCGAGACGACCUCCAACAAUAUGCGUAAGAAGGGUCGCCCCAACCCAGAUCAGCGCUAUUUUAUGCUGGUGGUCACUUUGUAUGCUUACAGUGGGGAGUAUAAAUAUAUUGUAGCAGCCAGUGUGUCAGAGAAAAUCAUUGUCAGGGCAUCAAACCCUGGUCAGUUUGAUAAUGAUAUGGAUGUAACCUGGCAGAAGGGGCAGACCCCAGACAGUGUGUAUCAUGUGGGGCGAGUGGGGGUCAACACAGAGCACCCUGAGGAGGCAUUAACUGUCCACGGAAACAUGAGACUGACCGGUCACCUUCUCCAACCCUCAGAUCUCAGGGCCAAGGAAGAUCUCAAAGAGCUGGACUCUAAGGAGCAGCUGAAAAAAGUAGCAGCCAUCAAGUUAUAUAACUACAAGUUCAGCGAUGAUUUUGCCAAUGCCAUGGGAAUUCCCGAGGACAGUCGGCACGAUACAGGGGUCAUCGCUCAGGAAAUCAAGGAGGUUAUCCCAGACGCUGUCAAAGAGGCGGGGGAUGUUCCGCUGGAGAACGGAGAAGUUAUCAAAGACUUCCUUGUUGUUAAUAAGGACAAAAUAUACAUGGAAAAUGUUGGAGCUGUCAAAGAACUGUGCAAAGUGACAGGAAAUUUAGAAGUUAGAAUUGAUGAACUGGAAAAAAUGAACCAGAAAUUAUCAAAAUUAAAGCGGUAUGACAGUGUGAAGUCCACCGUCAGUACAAAAUCAACAUGUAGUGUUAGUACAAUAGGAUCAUCAUCACCCAAGAAAUCAUCACGAAUUUGUAGUCAUUCACAUCAACAUCCAUAUACAUGUAAAAGCAGCCAGAAAUACGCAGCCCAGCCACCUCAGAAAGGACACUGUAAAAAAGGUUACUGUAGAAACCGCUAUGUCUGCUGGGGAACCAUCAUCAGCAUCGUUAUCACCUUCUGUUUGGCAUCUCUUAUGAUCUUGUUGAUUCUGGAGCAGACCAAAGAACCAAAACACAAUCCUCUAAGUCAGAAUCUGGCUGGAAAUAAGAUCCCUUCUACUGAUGAUGUAGGAGGCAAAACUUCUGUAAAGCCAUCAGGGACGACGUUGCCCAGUAAGACGAAGGCUCCAGACACAGGGAUGACAGGCACUCCUAUCAAACUGGUUACCCACCUCCCACCCUACCCUUCCUGUGACUUUACCACACAGCUUUGUGAGAGAAAAUGCUGCCCCCCUCCAGAACAAGAGGAUGAACCCCAGACCCUUCCAGUAAAUCCCGCUUAUAGCAUCUUUACCCCUCCUGCACCCUCUAUCAUGCCACGGCCGACAACGGAGAGUCCGGAGGUUGUCAUCAAUACAUUAAGUCCAAAGACGGAUGACCCUGAGUUGAUCAACUUGAUUAACAAUAACGAGUCCAACAUGAUACCUGAGGUUAAACAACAGGAUCAACCUGGUGAUGUGGACUCCAACGCUCUAAAAGUGGUUCACUUCCGACAGCGCCGCAGUGUUCCACAAGAAGACUUACACACAAAUAUCUUCAUCAAGGAGAUCAAUGUAACAAUUACAGAAGAGCAUUGCACAGCCUGUACACCAACAAAUAAAGUGUUCCGGCUCAAACUCAGCCAGUACUUCUCCUAUGAUUUGAUCACCUUCAAGUUCCUGACAUCAGAGCAAUCCUCAGCAACGCUUUGUUAUAACCACACAUCAAGGAACUGUAACCCAAAUGUUCCUGGAGAAAUGAGAGCAGGAGUACCAAACGAGUGGCAAAUUCCCAUUGGAAAGUAUUUUAGCAGUGCGUUUAAAUUUCGAGUGUCUCACAAGGCUGCUAAGCAGAAUGUCUGCAAGAAACAGGCCAGUGAAAAUGUAGAGUCCUUGGAAUAUGUUGAAUAUAUCCUGUAUUUUGAUAGAACUUGUGAAAACAUGGAUUAAAGAAAUGGAUUGUGUCAUCUAAGAAACUGCUUUAUCAUCAGUACUCGGCCAUAAUCUUGUUGCCAUGGCCUUGACCUCAUUCAUAGCCUCAUGUCAACCAUUGAUCUCUUGUGUACUGGUGAAUGAUCAAAGAUGCAUCACUUACUUUCAUUUUCAUAUGUGCUUUACAGAUUCGUUCUAUUUUUAGGUUUUCCAUUAUUCAUCAUGCCUUGUUAACUUUAUCAAAAUAUAUAUAUAUAUAUAUACAUAUAUAUAUCUCAUUGUUCUUGUUAUAUAUGUUAUUUAUUGUAUAUAAUGACGCGUCUUCAUCGAUGUAGACUUUAUUUUAAUACCCUAUCAUCCAUAGUGUAUUUAAUCCAUCUGUGGAAGAUGGAUCAGACUAAAUGGCAAUAUCACAGAAGGAAAUUCUCAUUUUGCACAGAUUUACAGCAAAGGAUAUACUUAAGGACUUUGUUUGCAGUAUUUUUAUUUAGGCUUUACAUAACUCUGUGUGCUUUGUGAUGAUCCACUCAAUCUAUGGGUGGGAAAAAAGCCUUGAUUGCAAUGAAUUUUAUAUUUGUAAUUAUAUUACUUCUUAACUAAGUGGAUGGAUCAAUGAAAUGAAUUUUUUAGAAGAAAAUCAUUGUUUGACGAUUGUCUCUGUAUUUUUUUUCUUCUUUUUUUGAAGUGCUACACAUUUUUUAUCAGUAUUUGUUUUACUCGGUCCAUUUACUUGUCUGUUUAUAGACAUUCUUCGUAAAUUAUAAUGACUUGAGAUUUUCUAGAAUUAUGAGAUUUCUAGAAUUAUGAGAUUUUAAAAAUGUUUUUAAAUCAAAACUUGAGAUGAAUUUACAUGCAAUAAAAUAUAAACUUUUUAUCAGACCAUAUAAAAAGUUUUGAUGGUGAUUUUAAGUUUAUAUGGUCUACUAGCCCAAGUGCAAAUUGAUGAAAAUAAAAUUCUGAAGGAUUUUAUUGAUAUUAAAUAAUAUGAUACUCCAAAUCUUUCCAACAACAAAUAGCAUAAUUAAAGAGAAUAUACUCGUUUUCAAUGUUUAUUGCCAAAGAGAUUUUACAUCAAGAACAAUUCAUCGGUGUAGACAUCCUUGGUUUUUGUGGUUUUAUUCAUUGCCUCCCUUUGUUCAAGGGAGAUUAUAUUUGCUGAAAAGACAGUGUUAGAUGAUGCUACUUCAUUAUUCUUUAUAAGAUGGUGUUAUUACAAUGUUAUCUUCCAAAAUAGGAAUAAACAUGCAUUCCAAAUAAUAUUUCUUUACUUAUAUUUUUUAUGGACUUUGUUUUAUUUUAUUUUCUGACAUUAUUUUGUAGUUUAUUGGACUAUACUGCUCUUCUGUAAACAAGCAUUCCAAUUAUCUACAGGUGCCUUGCUACACUGCAAAUUCUCUACACUAUGCAUGUGAUUUGACUUGUUAAAAGAAGAAUAUAAUAUGAUAUGCACAAUUGUUUAAUUUUGUCUAUGUUAAUUUUUGCAUUUUCAUUUGUAUAUAUGUCUUUCAGUUGUGUAAUUAUCAUCGCCUAUUAUAUCAAACAUUGUAGAUGACCAGUUUUUGUCAAACAAUCGCCAUUUUCUUUGUCAGUAUAACACUCUUGUAGUAUUUUGUUCUGUUAGAGGUAGAUUUAUUAUCAAGAACUAUAUAUUUGAUUCAUUAAACUUGAACAUUGCUGUUUACAGUGGACAGGAAGUUGUCAGAAUAAUUUUUUUAGGAGUUAAAUUCCCUUUUUACAAUUUUCCAUAUUAGUUUGUCAGUUUGCAAAUGGUGGAAGACAUUUAAGAUUUAUAUAUAAAUAUAUAUAUAAAUAUAUAUUACUAAUUAAAACUUACAGUUGAUGUUAGAGCCCGAGAUUACACUUACAGAUCAAACUGCUGUUUUACUGGAGUGAAUUGUUUAUGAUCUGGAAAACUUUACACAUUUUGAUAAUGAAUAAUUCAUAUUUUGUAGGUAUUUCAUGGUCAAGUUUCAUAUUUUAAUGUAAAUCAGCCUAUGAGAAAACAAUAAAGUUCAUAAAAAUAUCAGGA